AUGCCUACAGAUUUACCAUAUGCCGCAGAUGCUGAAGUGUCUCUUUCAUUCGACGAACUCGACGUGCUCCGGACUCAAUAUGAGAAGGAGCUCGCGCAGCAGCACGUCACGGUACAGACAAAGUUUAACUAUGCAUGGGGCCUAGUGAAGAGCCCCCGGCAAGGGGACAAUGUGGAGGGCGUGCGGCUCCUACAAGACAUAUAUCGCGCAGAGCCAACACGACGGAGAGAAUGUUUGUAUUAUCUCGCGUUGGGCCAUUUCAAGAUGGGAAACUUCCAAGAGGCGAAGCGAUUUAAUGAGCUAUUACUAGAGAAAGAGCCAACGAAUCUCCAGGCUCAGAGCCUUUCACAGCUCAUUGACAGUGGAGUAGCAAAAGAGGGCUAUAUUGGAAUGGCUAUGGUUGGCGGUGUCGCAGCCGUGGGGACGCUUCUCCUUGCUGGUCUUAUACGGGGAGCCAUUCGAAAAUAG